AUGGCAGCCGAAUGCCAGCAGCUCAAGUUUCGAAAACUCAAUUUUAGACUCAUGGCCGACCACUGUCUCACUCCACAGAGGGGUGAUGCUCGAAUUCCUAGUCGGAACAGUUGGACGAGUUCCAACUGUGAAGUAUGUAAGGCGCAGAAGCCUCUCAAUUUGGCGCCACCAGGAUUGAUGGGGAAGUCCCGUAAGGUCUCCUAUCCGUGGCAGAUGGUUGCGUUGGACCUAAUAGGACCAUUACAAAGGUUGUCUAAUGGUAAUAAAUUUUUGCUUGUGGUAUCAGACUGGUUCACGAAGUUUUGCUUAUUGAAGCCGCUGCGACAGGCGAUUAGCAGCCGUAUCACCACCUAUCUACGAGAGAAUGUCUUUUAUGUCUUUGGCGCACCGCAAGUGAUAGUGUGCGAUAAUGGGAAGCAGUUGACGACCAACAUGUUUAAAGGAUUGGCCAAAGAAUUUGGAACCAAUUAUGGUUUAAUUGCAAAUACCAUCCUCAGCCUGUGUGGUGUAAGAACCUGUGUUCCCGAGUUCCAAAUUGUAAGAAAUGAAUUACAACAGUUGUCGGAUCCUGCUAAUGUAAAUAACGAGAGUGUAAGUGUUCCACCUAAUAAUCUGACCGAUGCAUCCGAAACCAACGAAUGCCCUCACAGUUCAACAAGUUACUUAGCAGCUGAGGAGGUCCAGUCAAAACAUAGGACGUUAAUUGAAAGUUUUGCAGAUAAUAAAACCGCUGACUCGAUAAAGACCAAAGAUAAUUAUUUGCAAAACUUCAUCAGUGAAAUGAACAGUUUAAUGCUAGAAGGAUUCCAAUUGGAUGCAUGUCUAAAAAUUCCUGUUAGAUUAUUAUGCUUUACUUGCGAUGCACCUGCACGUUCUUUUUUAAAAGGAAUUAAAGGACAUACAGAAACUAUGAGUGAAUUACGAACACAUCAAUCUUUUAUAAAUCAAGACAAUCGAGAGCACCAUGUUUCAACCAGCCCACUAAUUAACUUGAAUAAUAUAGAUAUCAUUAAAUGUUUUCCUUUGGAUUAUAUGCACUUGUGUUGUUUGGGUGUUAUGAGGAAGCUUUUGAAUUAUUGGACCAAAGGUUGCAAUAUUUUAAAGAUGUGGGAUGUAAUAAUCUGGGCAACAGAAAAUGCAAUUGAUUUCGUACCUUCUUCAUGGGCAAGCGAAGAUCGAAGUUUGUACAAGUAUCCAUCUGAGAUGUCCCAACAAAAGCUCCGGCAAGUCAUAUAUGAAUCUCAAAAUAUUGAAGCAAACUAUAAGUGGUAUCCUGCUGAAGUUAAGGUAAAGGAUGUAAAAGUUUUAAAACGAGCCCAGCAAUUAUGUGAAAUGGGCCAGUAUACCUCCAAUAUAGAAAAUACAAGCGACAGCGAUGAAGAAAUGAACAAACGUAAAAAUCGCAGAAUGGUUUUAUGUGAAAAUGAUGAUGAAGUUUAUGACACACCAUCCGAAAAAUCUUUUCCCAAAAGCACUAACGACGAUCUUGGACAAAAAUUAAAAAGAAAAAGUCGCAAAAGAAUUUCAUAUGAAUUAAGUGAUCAAGAAGGUUGUGAUGUUUUACAAAAACAAGCUAAAACCAAAUAUAAUAUACCACCGGAAGAACAAUCACAUAACUCAUCUAAUCAAGAAAAAUCAUUUAACAAUCGGCUGUCACCUUUGGGAGAUGGAUUAAGUGUUGCGAGCUCGACAAGUACGGUAACCAACAUAUCUCAUGAUACGGCUGUUUUGAGUGGAAUUUGGAACCAAAUACUAAAAAACCAAAGUGAAAUGAAGUAUUCGAUUAAAGCGUUGGCGAAGAAAGUGGAUGAAAUGGAUACCAUGAUGAAAAUAAAAUAUUCACAAAUAACCAGCUCAUCUGGAUCCAUCAAUGACAGCAUGUUUGUUGAUAAACUGCCAUGCAGUAGCUCAGACGAUUUAAAUGCAUUGGACAGUUGCAUCAUGGACGAUCAAAUUUUUUCAGACUUGGUCAACUUUUUGUAUCUAGUAGGUGGAGAAACUGUCACUAAAACGAUAUAUAUGAUAAUGAAAAAAUUGAUAACAAAUACUCUUGCAACAAAUUACUCUGGUGUUGGCAAAAAGCACAAAUUGCCUUUUUGCAACUUGAAAAUUUACAGUGCAGUUUUAGCUGCUACUAGGAAAAGACAUGCAACGGCAUCAGACGAACAAAUUAAGAAAACUGUUUCGUUAUACUUGGCCCAAAGCAAAAAUCGAAUUACACAUACAAAAGUUUAGUUUAAAUUUACUCUGAAAAUUGCAGGUAAUUUUGUGGCUAUAGAAUUUUCAAUUUUCAC